AUGGCCACCGUCUACGCUGUUGCCCCAAGGCCCGCCCCCCUCGCAGCUGGCCCCUCGUCCUCACCCCAGGCCGCUCUCAAGAAGAAAACUUCCCUCUCCACCGCCGUCUCCGUGUCUGCAACGAACGCUGCCACCAUAGCUGCUGCAGCCAAGCGAAAGCGAAACGACACCCCAGACGAGUCUGCAGACUCGGCUUCGUCGCAACCGUCGCGCAAAGGCAGGGAUGGACCAAAGAAAAAGAAAGCUAAUCGAGCGUGCUAUCAUUGCCAGAAGGCACACCUUACAUGCGACGAUUGUGAGUUCAUUCCCGUGUCACCACUCACGCACUCUAUUUCACGACGCGGGAUCGCCAACAAUUGCACUGAAGGUCACCGCAAAAAGGCCAAGUAUCUGCUGGACGAUGACGAGCUAGAGCAACUGAAGCGAGGUGGCAAAUCCGCGCCUGAGAAACAGAAUAUAGAUACCCCCACAGAACCUCCGCCUAUCUCAAUAGCUGAAUCCUUCCCUCAAAACGACGCCCUCCUCUCCGCAUCCUUCGACCCCAACUUCCCCUUUGGUUCUGAGGCUGCAAAUCUCGAGUAUUCGAUCCUUUCUGCGAUAUUGGGCAACCCCAGCCCACCAGAGUCAGCAGAGACACCUCCACCGCCGCCGCCACAUUAUUCCUCCUGGCCGUCUGAUCCCAUCGACUUUGCUGCUUCCCCACGCCUAGGGACAGCAACUACGGAGUUUGCUCCGUCAUAUGGCGAGAACCAGAUGCAAGUCCCGCAAUCAGAAUCCUUAUCUACUUCUCCUGCAAAUGCCGCGCAUUACUUGACAUAUCCAUACCCACACCCACAACCACCUGAGGAUCUCACGGAGUUGCGGUACACGCCUCCUUACUCAUCCCAGACUUCGCCGCUACAUCCGCUUCAACCAAGAUAUCCCCUUGAUACGCGACCGCGAUCUCCACCGACGACUGUCUUCUUGAACACGUCUUCAAAAGAUGUGGGUUCCGGCCGGCUACAAUCGCCUCCACCUUCAACGGAUUCGCCGAGCUCUACAACCUCGCUCCCGCCAGGGAUCACAGAAAUGGCUCGACCAUUAUCGCGUGGGUCUAAGCUGCAGAGCAUUAACGACCGUGUCACCACGCCGUAUGAUUAUACGGAGGGCUACCACUUCUUAAUGAAGCACCUGCCCACUCGGUUUGAGAAGAAUGACAUACUCCGUAUUGUGCGAGCCUUGGCCAUCUUCCGGCCAUCGCUCAUCGCACUGCAAAUGCCACUGUCCCUGGACGACGAAAUCUUCGUGGAGAAGUGCUUCCAGAGAACUCUUCUGGAACUCGAAAAGCUGAUAUCCUACAGUGGGACUCCGACCGUGGUCUGGCGCCGGACGGGCGAAAUCUGCUUGGUUGCGCCCGAAUUCUGCAUGUUGACAGAAUGGCCCCUGGAGGACCUCGUGGGUGGCAACAAAAAGUAUAUUUAUGAGCUAUUUGAGAACCAAUCGGUCGUCGAGUACUGGGAGAACUUUGCCUCGCACGCAUUUGAAAACACAACCCAAUCAGUGUACUCUCACUGCGUGCUUUUGAAACCGAACGGCGCACCCGUCCCCUCGACAUUCUGCUUUUCGAUACGCAGAGAUCUGUUCGAUCUCCCGAGUAUGGUUAUAGGACAAUGGCUACCACUUCUGUAG